UGAAAUUUGAUUAUGAUCGAAUUUUGAGGGACGUUUCUUCAAAAGAAAAUUUUGAAAAACACGGCUUAUUCCGAUUUUUGAGGUUUUAAUGACGUUUUAAAACGUCACCCGUCCCGAAAGGGUUAAUGGGAAUUAAUGUGAUAUUCAGAAUCAACUCGUAAAACCGCAUCGGGGUAUAUGCAUUAUGAACAUUUUCAGCCAGAAAAUAUUUCAAAAAUUUUGGUCCUUGCUGGGCACUUUCCUUGAGAAAAGCCUUUUUUAAAUCCUCUGCUUUUUUUGAAAAAACUGAUCGUAUAAUUGAUUUCAACUAACCCCUCAGCCAAAAACCAUUAUCGAUUCCGCACUAAAACUGCCUACUAUGAUCGACUCAAACGACUCUUGAAGAAUUCUGACUAUUGAUUUAGGUAUUGAUGAAAUUGCUAAAAACUAUUCAAUUCCAAUGUAUGUUUGUAAUCGUGAAUUGUAUGGUUAUAUCACUGCUCAAUUUUCUGAAGCAAAUUUUGAUGAAACAAUUGUCUACGAUUUAUACAUACACAUGUUACAUGAACAUCAGUUAAAUGGACCAAAUCAAACAUAUUUAAAAUUAAUUGAGAAAAGUCAACAUAUAUCGUCAGUUAUACAACAAGAACCAACAAAAUUUGGUCUCGAUGAAAUUUAUGUUAUUAAUUUAAAACGUCGAACGGAUAGACGAAAUCGAAUAAAAGAUACGUUUGAUCUAUUAAAUAUUGGUGAUGUAACAUAUUUUGAUGCAAUAGAUGGAAAAUAUGAUAUUGAUCAAAAUUAUUUAGAUAAAUAUCAAAUAAAAUUAUUACCAGAUUAUAUCGAUCCGUAUAAUCAACGACCAAUAAAUUAUGGUGAAAUUGGCUGUUUUUUAAGUCAUUAUUUCAUUUGGGAAGAUAUUGUUAAACGACAAUUAAAAAAUGGCGUCAUGAUAUUAGAAGAUGAUGUCAAAUUUGAUGUCUAUUUUAAAUAUAAAUUACAACACAUAUUGGAUUACAUUGAGAAAAAUAAAACAUUUGAAUGGGAUCUUAUAUAUUUAGGUCGAAAAAUAAUUCGAUUAUCAGAAGAAAAUUAUAAUUCAACAAUUGAAACAUAUCUUAUUGAACCUGCUUAUACUCAUUGGACAAUUGGUUAUCUACUCUCAUUACGUGGAGCUCAACUAUUAAUUGAUGAAAAACCAUUAUCAAAAAUAAUUCCUGUUGAUGAAUAUUUACCAAUUAUGUAUGAUCGUCAUCCUAAUUUUCAAUGGAAAAAUUAUUUUCAAAAUCGAAAAUUAAAAGCUUACGCAUUUCAUCCAUCAAUUUUGACACCGACACACUAUUUUGGUGAACCAAAUUAUAUAUCGGAUACAGAAAAUACUACGGUAUUAAAUAAUAUUGUUGAAGAUAUUACAAAACCACUUUCAGUUGAUGUCAGUAGUUUAGUAGUCGAUAUUAGUGAUGUUGUAUUUGACACAUUAGAUAAAAAUAUACGAACAACAAAAGAAGAAUUAUAG